CCUGAAGAGCCGCAAGUUUUUAAGGAGCAUCUCUUUAUAGUCCCUCUGCUGCGGACGGUGAGUCCAUUUCUCUUUCCGGCUGUCUCACAGCUGAAAGUCUCUUCAGAGCUCGGGACAAUGUGAGAGACAGCGGCGCAGCAGACAGCGGUGUGGCGGACCUGGAGUCGGUGAAUAACGGAUCUGCUCCGGGCUGUGGACAGGAGGACUGAAGUCUGUUUAGUGUUGAAUAAAGGAAGCCACGAGACGGAAUACUGUAACUAGACGAUGUCUUCCAAGAAUUGAACUCAGACCUGCCUAGUCCGACUGUAAUGUGAACAGCACAGAAGCAAUGGGCUGCUCCAUCCUCCUGUUGGCCAGUGUGGUGUCCACUCUGGGUGGCCUGGUCUUUGGUUAUGAGUUGGGCAUCAUCUCAGGUGCUUUGCUGCAGCUGAAGGCAGAGUUCAGACUGUCAUGUGUCCAGCAGGAGGCUCUGGUCAGCUCUUUGUUGCUGGGGGCUCUGCUGGCCUCCAUCGUGGGAGGCUGGCUGAUUGAUCACCGAGGCCGCAGGAACUCCAUCCUUCUCAGCAAUGUCUUGAUCCUGGCCGGCAGCCUGCUCCUGCUCAUCGGCUCCUACUGUGCACUGGUGGUGGGCAGGAUGACAGUGGGGUUUGCCAUGUGUGUAUCCUCCAUGUCUUGUUGUAUCUUUGUAUCCGAGAUGGUUACCCCGGACCGCAGGGGCUUCCUGGUAACACUGUAUGAAGCUGGAAUCACUGUGGGCAUCCUGGCAGCUUACGCCAUGAACUACAUCCUGUCUGACUGUAACAGAGGGUGGAAGUGGAUGUUUGGACUAGCCAUAGUGCCUACUUUGAUUCAGCUGGUCUCUAUCUGGUUUCUUCCAUCCAGCUCUAAGGACUCUCUCAGUCAAAGAUACUGCUCUCAAACUGAAAGAGACCUUGUGAGUUCUGUCCAAGAAGCAGAUGACUCAGAAAUCAGCUCCAGUGUAAAAAACAAGAAGGCUCAGUACAACAGCAUGUACCUUUUCCAGCGUAAAGACAACAUGAGGACUCGGACUGUGAUUGGCCUCGGACUGGUGCUCUUUCAGCAGUUCACAGGCCAGCCCACUGUUCUCCUCUACGCCUCCACCAUCUUCCACUCGGUGGGCUUUCAGAGCAGUGCCUCCGCAGUGCUGGCGUCUGUAGGCCUGGGGUUAGUCAAAGUGAUCGUGACUCUGACCUCCAUGGUGUUUUCAGACAGGGUGGGCCGGAGACCUCUGCUCAUCAGUGGAUGCUCCGUCAUGGCGCUGUGUAUGAUCACCAUCGGACUACUCAGCGGACAUUCACUGAUGAAUGCUAAGAGGCCUUGUGAUUCUGAGGACUUCAACAUUAACAGAACAGAGCUUCCUCAUUUAAUUGUAGGUAAUCAGUCAGUUUUCAACACAUCUUUAGAUGAGAGCCAAAGACUCUUUUAUAACAACACACAAGAUGAAGAUGCAGAACUUGAUCAAGUUAGACAGAAACCAGUAGACUCUCCCCUGGCAUCUUCUCCAAACAGCAGCCAUGGCUCACUUGUGAACUGGAUCAUUCUUGUGUGUAUGAUGGCUGUUGUCGGUGCAUACUCCGUUGGAUUUGGACCAAUGACUUGGCUCCUCCUGAGUGAAAUAUUUCCAGCUGCUAUCAGAGGAAGGGCAUUCGCAUUCACCAACUGCUUCAACUGGGCUGCAAACCUGUUGGUCACAUUCACUUUCUUGAAUUUUAUCGAUGCCAUUGGUCUAUCAGGGCUGUUUCUCUUGUACGGGAUGAACGCUGUCGCUGCUGCUGCUUUCUUCUACUUCAUGCUGCCAGAGACCAAAGGGAAGACUCUGGAGGAAAUAGACAAGGAGCUGCGUUUAAACACGUUAUACAGCAGCGGGGAGUGCUGUAGCAUCAUCAGGGGGAGAAACACUUCCCCACAGUACCAGAGAGUGCACUGCCAAGUAAGCGCCUCAGGAUGAUUAAUGUUAUGUUCCCACACUGACAAGCACUGACAUAAAAAUCAUCCAUCCAUUCUCGUCCGCUUAUCCGGGGCCGGGUCGCGGGGGCAGCAGGAUAAGCAGGGCAUUCCAGGCGUCCCUCUCCCCAGCCACAACGUCCAGCUCCUCCUGGGGGACCCCAAGGAGUUCCCAGGCCAGGAGAGAGAUAUAAUCCCUCCACCGUGUUCUGGGUCUUCCCCGGGGCCUCCUACCAGUUGGACGUGUCCGGAACUCCUCUAACGGGAGGCGCCCGGGAGGAUCCUUACCAGAUGCCCAAACCACCUCAGCUGGCUCCUUUAGAGGAGAAGGAGCAGCGGCUCUACUCCGAGCUCCCUCCGGAUGUCUGAGCUCCUCACCCUAUCUAUACAGCCUGAUUUCCACCGGGCGCGUUACAGCCGCGGAACGGCUGCGCCGCUGUCGCCGUUGCUGAUCGCUGCCACUCUAAUCAAUGAGAGCGUUUCCACCGGGCGGCUGUGGAACGGUUCAGCAACGUCCCAGUCGCAGCUCUCCGCUCCGCUGCGCGAGCACUCUGAAGCAUUUCAAUUUCCUCCGCGAGAUGUUCCUAAACCUCGUAAAUCUCAACAGAGCAGAUUGCACCAGACAGGAAGUCUGAAUCAGAAUCAACGUAAUACACUUCCGCCCCCUUUCAAAAUAAAACACAAUACACAGUUCAUGCAGCCUAAAACUACUUCACAUAAACAUUAUGUCAUGACCGGGGCACCAGAUCAGCAAUCAAUCAAUCAAAGGAUCUCAGAGGAUCGGCGACAUGGACAACAAGAGACUGAUUGUUGAAGUGGAACAUCAUACAAUCAUUUAUGACAUAACACAUUGUUUUUUAUAAGGAUAGAUGGUCAGAUCAACAGAUCUUCCACGUCGGAGAAGCAAAGUAAGCUGUUGGUUGUUGUUGUUUACUUUAUACACUCAGUUUAUCACAGGAUCUCGCGGUCUCUCGUAUGUUCAGGAUUAUCGCGUGUUCUCGUUAUCUCGCGUGUAUACGGCUGGCUCGCUAUGCUGCCGUUCCGCGGCCGUAAUGUGCCCAGUGGAAAUCCCCAGUAAGGCUGAGCCCAGCCACCCUACGGAGGAAGCUCAUUUUAGCCGCUUGUAUCCGCGACCUUGUUCUUUUGGUCACUAUCCAAAGCUCAUGACCAUAGGUGAGGGUUGGAACGUAGAUGGAGCAGUAAAUCGAGAGCUUUGCCUUCAGGCUCAGCUCCUUCUUCACCACGACGGUCCGGUACAACCCCGCAUCACUGCACCAAAUCACCUGUGAAUCUCACGCUCCGUUCUACCCUCACUGCUGAACAAGACCCUGAGAUACUUGAACUCCCUCACUUGAGGCAGUACCUCUCUCCACCCAGAGGGGGCAAUCCACCGUUUUCCAGCAGAGAACCAUGGCCUCAGACUUGGAGGUGCUGACUCUCAUCCCUGACCGCUUCGACAGGGCUCGGCUACAAACCGCGCCAGUGAUCGCUGGAGGUCCCCGUCUGAUGAAGCCAAAAGAACCACAUCAUCUGCAAAAAUGCAGAGACGCAAUUCUAAGGUCACCAAAUGAAGACCACGAACAGAAUCGGAGACAAGGGGCAACCCUGGCGAAGGCCAACACCCACCAUAUAAAAUCAUGAUGGUUUCAAAUUGAUAGGUUUUUCUCUCUUGAACUUGACACUGGUUUAUUUAUGGUACUGUAUCUUUGCGAAAUAUGUUAACAAAGUGUGUGAUUACACAUGCUGUUGUGCUGGAGUCGAACUCUUUUGGGCAUUUCAAAAUGUUUACCAUAGAGACCCUCCUGCUACAACUUAACAAAUCAGAAAGCUUUUGUAAAGGACAUUUUGGGUAUGUUCAUUAACAUUGUUGCUUACAAGUCAUUCAGUUUACAGUUACCUGAGGAUUUGUUUGUUUAAAAGACGUGGAAAAAUACAUUUGUGACAGUUAAUUGAGUCAAUUUUUGGAAUAGUUGUAAUAAUGAAAUUGUCUUUUUCUGUUUCUACUAGAAAUGUCUGGUCCCAGUUAACAUUAGACUCUAAGGGAUAGUUGGAUGGAGUUGCUGUAACAUUAGGCUCACUGAGCCAAAUCUGUAAGUCCAACUGAUUCGAGAGCAGGAUGUCUGUGACCGGCACAAAUGUAUCUACAAUCUGGCCUAGAAAUUAUUUAUAAAGAGUGAAAUUUAUGGAAAGGACAGGUUGUUUGAAAAAAAUUCAGAUAAUUCCCCAGUCUCUCUGCACUCCUAACUGUUGGCAUUCCACUGUAGGUCUGAACAUUCCAAGCAAUACACACUCAUUAUAAACCCUGAAACUCUCUGAAGAAAUCUCCAAACUGAUUUCAUGAAAAUCAUGCAAGUGAUGAAAAUGCCCAUUUAGCCCAAAAUAGACGGGAGUCUUGUGACCCGUUUAAACUUCCAAUAAUUUUUUGUUUUUUUAUAGCCAGGCAAAAAAGUUUUGAUCCAUGAUCCAACCAUGUAUGUACAUCAAAAAUCUCAGGGAAGAUGAAGAAUAGAGAAAUAAGUAUGACGGAGAGUGUCAAUGUCAAUCAUUUGUACGUCAAAAUAUUUAAAAAUACAAAAUGUGAUAAACACAGAAAUGACUGUCAAUGUCUUUGAGAAAUAAAGAGAAAAGUUCUUUCUCUGCUAAUUUGCUACUGCUAUGUUGAUUAUUAUAUUUUAUAUUUUUUGUUUUGCUUGAGUAGUGGUGGGUCUUUUUUGUUGAGUAUUAAGAGAAGGCACAGUAACCUCAGGCUUCAGGAUACACCUUUUUUCAGUCAAAAUACUAUGUUGAAUGUGCUUUAUUUUAAUAUAUUGAUCCAGUAUAAUUUAACCUCUCAAAACAGCAUGAUCUACAUGUUCGUUAU